AUGUUGAGGACUAUACGACUGCCCUCUUAUAAGAUAUGUGUUAUACUGCUGUCGGCGCUCUUUUUCUACGAUAUAUUCUUCGUGUUUAUCACACCAUUGAUUACAUCCAGAGGCAAUUCAGUGAUGGUAGACGUGGCCACUGGCGGCUCGUCGGGUAAGUCCCGGUGUGGAACACCCGGCGAACAGAUACCAAUGGUUAUGCGUAUACCGCAUAAGAUAUUUAAGUCGCAAAACAGUACCAAUCCGUUGGACGUGUGCUUCGCGAGUGUGGACUCCCUGUUGGGCUUCGGCGACAUACUGGUGCCCGGACUACUCGUGUCCUAUUGCUAUGCUUUCGACCUUAUAUUCGACAUUAAGUAUAGGAUAUACUAUACGUCCACUUGUAUUGGCUAUGGGUUGGGACUCAUCGCCACUUUUGCCGUGUUUGUGUUCAAUGACUGUAUUUAAUGAGUGGUAGCGCACAGCCGGCGCUGCUAUAUCUGGUGCCCUUCACCACAAUCCCGCCGAUACUGAUAUCUCUUUACCGGAAGGAGUUCCGGAA